UUGCAUCAUAAAUCUUACAAAUGGUGGGUCUUUAAGAACACCCCGAAAUCACUCUUUCUCCGAACAUCCACCUCCGAACAUCUAUCACAUCAUUAUCAUGUUUGCAUCGCUUGUUCUUCUCACUCUUCUCCCUGUAGUUUUCGCCCAGUCUUGGCAGCAAUACCUAGCUGGCCUUGUCCAAACAUUAAACACUGAUGGGCUUUCAACGCUGGCUUCUGCGAGUGCUGUAUUAAACAACUCAAAUAAUGGGCAGCAAGUGGCACAGGCACUCUCUACGGGAAACUGGACAUUGUUUGCACCCAACAAUCAGGCUUUCAGUUCCUCUCCUAUCAAUCUCACAAGCAAUCCAACAUCUGUUCUGGAUCUCCUUUCAUACCAUGUUGUAUCCGGCAAUUUUACCGCUCAAACCUCGCCAUAUCCAAAGAUCACCCUUGGACGAACGCUGCUCAAUGAUUCCUCACUUGUCUGGCUGGAAGGAAAUGAAUCGCAGGUUUUAGCGUGGUCUAACGGAAGUGCUGGCCUAUUUGUGCUCAAUAAUGGUACAACUGUUCCGGUAGUGAACAAGACGACCUAUCAAAAUAUCCAGGUCCUUGUCAUCGACUCUGUCCUUCAGAUCCCUCAAAAUCUGUCUGAUACUCUCGCUAAUAGUACUUACGACGUCACCAGCGUUGCAGGCGGGCUUUCAUCCAUCAAUAUCCCUACCACUAAUUCGACACUGCUCGAUGUGCUCAACAAUGCUCACGGUAUCACAAUCUUUGCGCCAAAUAAUACUGCUAUUGCAUCAGCGAGCUGUAUUGGCGGUUUACUGCCAAAUACUACUGCACUGAUUGCGCUUUUCGGGAAUCAUAUUAUCAAUGGCACGACUGUUUACUCGCCAGGAUUUACGAACGGAAAUAAUUAUACAUCAGCCUCUGGGGAACCCUUCGCUUUCAGGACCAAUUCCUCUGGAGUGUACGUGUCCAGCGCCGGCUCCAAUUGGGCGCGCAUCAUGCGAUCAGACGUUUUGACGUCCAAUGGAGUCGUUCAUGUGAUCGAUAGCGUUCUUCUCGACACUAAAGUUAACGUUUCCGCCGCGGUCUCUGCCUAUCAAUCGGCUACUUCAGUUGUCGCAUCGACCACCAUCGAGACCGGCCCGGUGGGCGUUACGCCUACUACUUCCGCUGGUCAUUGAAAGAACCAUUGAAUUGAACGAGCCUCUGAGCUUGGAAUAUUAUUGCCGAGACCAAUGGGUAUAUUCAGUGGCAUAGUUGCUCAUCAAACAUCUUUUUUUUUCGUUUAUCUGUGCAUUGUUUACCUCACAAUUGUAUUUUUAGCCUGCUCUAAUAUAUUGUCAUCAAUUA